GGAUCUAGCGACAAAAGUAUCGGUUUUAUUGAGCGCAUAAGAUGCAUGGAAGUUUUUUGGUAUUUCCGUGAUGUAUUUCGCAAAUAAAAGUGUUUUUCUUGUGAGGAUACUAAUCGUUUAUGCUAGUUUUGGUUUUAAUCGUGCAGAUGAAUAUAAGAUAGGUGCAAUAUUUGAUGAAGUCAACACCAACCAAGAAGCCGCUCUUAAGGAAGCCGUCAAAGAAAUUAACAGAGAAGAUGAGAAUAUAGAUUUGGAUCUAAUAGUCAAACACAUUCCUAAGGAUAACCCUUACCUUGCAGCCAGAGCCACAUGUUCUCUUUUACAGGAAGGGGUGGUUGGAAUUUUUGGGCCCAUGUCUGAAGAUAAUUCAAACACUGUGCAAUCUAUCUGUGAUAUGAAGGAAAUACCUCAUAUUGAGGUACGCUGGGAUGAUUACCCUACAAACGGGACGCUUAUCAAUUUAUAUCCCUAUCCUGAUACACUAACUAGAACAUAUUAUGAUCUUAUCGUGUCAUGGAACUGGAAAGAUUUUGUAAUUUUGUAUGAAAAUAACGAAAGUUUGCAGAGAGUUGGCGAACUUUUGAAAUUAUUUGAUCCUUCAUCCCACAGAAUCGUCGUAAGGCAGUUAAAUGUUCCGAAAUCCGGAGGAAACUUCAGGUCGGUGCUUAAAGAAAUAUGGCGAUCAGGAGCAACACAUUUUGUGUUGGAUUGCAGUAUCGAAAUAUUGGAGGAAGUUUUGAAACAAGCUCAACAAGUGGGCUUAAUGACCAACAAGCACAACUUUAUCAUUACUAACCUCGACCUGCAUACAAUUGAAUUAAUGCCGUAUCAGUACAGUGAAACAAACAUCACUGGGAUGCGAUUUGUAGACCCGGAUGACGAAGGUCUUGCCGAAAAAGCGAAAAAGAUCUAUAAACAAAAUCUCGAAGUAUUUACUGGAUACAAAUUAAGAUUGGAAGAAGCUUUAAUUUUUGAUGCUGUCAUGAUGUUCGCAGAAGCUUUGAAGGCGGCAGAACCUUUGAUAGAACCUUAUAGCAUUAGUUGUUACAACGACAAAGAAAAGCUUAGAUCUGGCACGACUAUUGUCAAUAUGAUGAAGAAUCUAGAGUAUAUUGGUUUGACAGGACCUAUCAAAUUUGAUAUUAAAGGUUUUCGAACCAAUUUUGCUUUGGACGUAUUUGAACUUAUGGAGGGAGGACAGACCGUUGUAGGACACUGGAAUAAUUCCAAGUUACCGGCUUUGAACAUCUCUAGAUUAUAUCCGCCAAAUGACUCGGAUGAAUUUGAUAUUAGGAAUAAAACAUUUAAAGUCAUGAUUACAUUGACUGAGCCAUACGGCAUGAGGGUUGAAUCAAUGGAUCCUUUAUAUGGAAACGACCAGUAUGAAGGGUUUGCUGUCGAUAUUAUCAAAGAAUUAGCAGCUAUGAGAGGAUUCAACUACACAUUUAUAAUUCGAGAAGAUAAAGCAAACGGAAACAUUAAUAACGUAACAGGAAAAUGGACUGGGAUUAUAGGCGACUUAAUAGAUGAAGUAGCAGAUUUAGCAAUAUGUGAUUUGACUAUUACUAAAGACAGAGCAGAAGCAGUUGAUUUUACAGGACCAUUUAUGAUGUUAGGUGUAGCAAUAUUAUAUUCAAAACCCACGAAAGCACCACCUAGCUUUUUCUCAUUUGCUGAUCCCUUUGCCUUCGAAGUUUGGAAGUUACUGAUUGUUUCAUGGAUCGGUGUGGCUUUACUCCUCUUCGUUCUUGGAAGAAUUUCUCCCAACGAAUGGGAAAAUCCGUAUCCCUGCAUUGAAGAACCUGAAUAUUUAGUAAACCAGCUAGACUUAAGGAAUUGUAUAUGGUUCGUUACUGGUUCUAUUAUGCAGCAAGGUUCAGAAAUUGAGUUAAAAUCUAUUUCCACAAGAAUGAUUGCUGGCAUGUGGUGGUUCUUCACAUUGUUGAUGGUAUCAUCCUACACUGCAAAUUUGGCUGCGUUUUUAACAACUGAAAAACCGGACCCGCACUUUAAUAACUUGCACGAACUUGUAGAAAACGCAGGGUUAAAGAAAAUAACUAUCGGUGCGAAAGCUGGUGGAGCAACAGAAACAUUCUUUAGGGACAAGUGGUUAGCAGACGAAAAUAGUGAUUUUGGGAAAGCUUACCAGUUAUUAUUAAAAGACAAAGACAAGAUUAAAAUUAUCGAAAAUAGUGAUGGAGUGGCUAUGGCACAGAAAGGACAUUAUGCAUUUUUCAUGGAAGAUCAGUCUAUCCAAUAUGAAACUCAAAGAAAGUGCGAUCUUUAUCAAGUAAACGGAAAACUUGAUGAAAAAGGAUACGGAUUAGCUAUGAGGAAAAAUUCAACGUAUAGAAGCAGUUUAAGCACUGCUAUUUUGUUAAUGCAAAAUUCAGGGCAGCUUGACAAAUUCAAGAGGAAAUGGUGGGAAGAAAGAAGAGGAGGUGGUCAAUGUUCUGAUGACGGUGGCAGUUCAGAUGCUACACCGUUAAAUUUAAAGGGCGUUGAAGGUGUGUUCUGGGUCACAAUAGGAGGUACAAUUUUUGCUAUUUUUGUGGCAAUUCUUGAAUCACUACUGUUUUGCCGGAAGAAGGCCAAACGAAAUAACAUACCGUACCUGGAAGCAUUAAAAGAGGAAGUCCGAUUUUAUCUUAGAUUUUCUGAAAUGGAAAAACCUAUGGGUGGUGCAGAAGAUGUCGGAGAGGAACAAUCUGAAGAUAAAGAUAUUAAUUACGAACUAGUGAAAAAUGCUCACAGCGCGGAAACUUUGCAAAGCAACCACAGUAGUAAAAGUAAAAGAAGCAGACGAAGCAAAAGUAGAAAUAAAAAUAAAUUAAGGCCACCAAGUCUAAGUAGUGCCCCAGUUGGAUGGAGGGAUCCUCAGAAUGGAGUUUAGAUUUAGGUUUAGGACCUACAAGUACAAGAUUUAAUUUUUUUGUUGAAAUAAACACACUGACUUGAUUAUAUUAAAUUUGGAUCCAAUUGUGUCUAUAUACAAAAUAAAUGUAUAAAAUAUUUCUAAAAAAAAUCUUUUAAACUGAUCAAAAAUAUAGACCAGGACUAAUCUGUAAAAAAACGUGUACUUUUGGAUGUGGGAGGUGGCAUUCGGAUUUUUGCAGAUAACGUUAGGUGACACUUUCAGUAAUAAUAAUUGACUUAUGCUCCUUCUUAAAUAUGCACGGAACAUUAAUCAAAAAAUUAAAAUAUUUAAAAAUUUCGAAAUACUUCGAUUUUUUCUGCUUUCUUUACUUAUAACUUUAAAACGGUUCGUUUUGGAACAAAGUUGUAGAGAAAUAAAAUAAAGAUAAUUGAAUUUUUGUAUGAUAUACGACUGGUCAAAAAUGUUUUAAGGUAUUACCUUUUCCGCAAAUCGCCAGGAAAUUUUGACAUUCCUGUCAAAAUUUCUUGAAGAAAAAGUCAGGACUUCCUUACUGUAAGGAAAUGUCAUUUCCUUACUGUAAGGAAAUGAUAUUUCCGUACAGUUGUUAGUGUUAAAUUUAUAAGCGUCAAGUUUGACAAUUCAACCUCAAUACGUUUCCAUAGUAACCCAAGUAAUUUUAUUAGGAAUUUCAAAGCACCAUUUAUUUGGGAAUAAAAUUAUCGCGUUUUUUUUAAAUCAAUCAAUAUCUGUCGAAUUUUAAACGAUUUGCGGAAAAAUAGUAUGUUUACCUCGUAGGAAAAGCCACAUUCCUGGACUCUGUGUUGCUAAGUCUCGGCUUGCGCCUCGACUUAGCAAUCUUCACAGUCGUCCAGGAAUGUUAAGCUUUUCCUACCCGGUAAACAAUGUACUAUUUCUGCAAUAUUCGCGGUGUGCAAGUACUUGGAAGGGAAACGAGAAACGACCGUGCGCGAGUCGCGGAGAAAUAUUGCAACUAUCUUAAAUAAUUCAUAUUGUCAAUUGAAAUUGUCAAAUUGACGUAUAUUUCAUGCCUUCCGUCAUUGAGGCAGAAAAAUUAUAUAUUGCUCCACAAUAUUGAUAUGAUAUGCAAUUAUUAUAUAAAGGUAAAUUUAAUUAAUUGUAUUUUGCUUGCAGUACUGCAUUUUAAUAACUAAUUUUAUUUACUACAUAAAAUUACUUACGUUUGCAUAACAUAACCUGAAUCUUAUUUUUUCUUCUCAUUAUUUUUUUGGAGUAUGGCCUUGACAAUUGUCCAGUAACCAGGACUAAUAUAAUUGGCCAAUAUAAUUAAAAGUGCGAAUAAAAGUACAGAGCGUAGAAAUAGGGGUCGCUUUGCCGAACUUGCACGGUCCCAAUAGCAAUAAAUACAAAAUAAGGGGACAAAAUACGCCUGUUAUUAUUCAAUGUUUCUUAACCACUUUGGUGGCACUUAGAACCUUAGUAAUUCACUUAGAAAAUUCUUAUAACUUACGUAAAUGGUCUACCAAAUUUCAUUGAAUAGAUUUUGCAUAAUAAAUUUGCAAUAUAAAUGUUUUUAAAAAAGUUCAAAUUUUUUAAAAUCUUUCUGAACAAAAAGUAGACCAUUUAGAAGUUGGCUAUUUUUUUUACAUAUAAAGAGGCGCUCUACCUAUCUAAUACACUUUACAGAAUUAAAAUCGGAUUAUUAAAGGGGCCUCAGCAAUGUUUUAAAAGUAUAAAACAUUUUUUGGCUUAUAAAAAAAUAGCUUUGUUUAAUAAUCAAAAAAAAUAAUUUUUAGCAAUGCAAAUAACUAAAACCGGUAUAAUUUGACAUAAACUUUUAAAUGCUCUCAGCAGAAUUGCUAUUUUAUUUUUUAAUCAAAAGUUAUUCUCGUUCAAAAAUUGCAAUUUUUCGAUUUUUUGAAUGUUCCACCGCGUUUAUUUCGAAAACUAUGCAUCCUACGAAAAAACUUGUAAGAACAUUUUUUGCUUAGAAUUACCCAAGAAAUGCGAAAAAUCGAUGUUAUGUAAUUCCUCAAGCUCUUUGUUUAUAACACUCUUAUCGACAUCCGGAUCAACUGUUACCCAAAAAAUUCGUAUUCUACGUGUCAAAAUACAUAAAAAAACCUAUGUAAGUCCAUCUAAAUAAAGGAGCCCGUAGCACCCCCUCCUGGACACAGCACUAAUUUGUUUAUAAGUCAAAAAAUUGUUUAUAACUUUAAAACAUUGCUGAGGCUGCUUAAAUAAUCCGAUUUCAAUUCUGUAAAGUGCAUUAGAUAGGUGGAGUGCUUCUUUAUAUGUAAAAAAUUGGCAUAUCUUUGUAUGUUCUAGUUUUUGUUGUGCAAGAUUUUAAAAAAUUUAAAUUAAAAAAAAAAGUUUAGAUUGCAAAAUUAUUAUGCAAAAUCUAGUAAGUCAAUUUUAAUGAAUUUUGGUGGACGGUUUUAGCACAUUACAAAAAUUUUCUAAGCGAAUUAGGAAGGUUCCAAGUGUAACCUAAGUGAUGGAAAAACAUUGAAUAAAGACAGGCUUGUUGUGCCCCCUUAUUUUAUAUUUAUUGCUAUUUUGCAGAAAGGAUGUUAAAUUAAAACAUUUUUAACUAAUCGUAUAUGAUGGAAAAUUUAAUUUUUAUCAAAAAAAUCUUUGUUUUAUUCCCAUACGACUUUGUUCCAAAAUGAAUCGUAUUAAAAUUUUAAGCAAAGAAAGUAGAAAAAAAAAACGAAAUUUUUUGAAAUUUUUAAAUAUUUUAUUUGUUUUAUUAUUGUUCCGGGCAUAUUUGUGAAGGAGCAUAAGUCAAUUAUUAUUAACAAAGUUAUCACCUAACUUUAUCGGCAAAAAUCCGAAUGCCACCUCUCACAUUCAUCUAAAAACAGAUCCUUCCUGGUCUAAUAUACCAGUAAUACUUUUUUAAGUGAUAUAAUAAAAUUUUUUUAUUAAAAAUCCCUUAUACUUACUUACUUACUUACUUACUUACUUAAGCCGUCCUCUUGUACCUUACGGUGUCGAGGUAAGUGGAGAAAUCAGACGUCUCCAUGCCUUUCGGUCAGUAGCUAGUCUUUCUGCUUCUCUCCACCCAAUAUUCCUUUUUACGCAAGCCUUUCCAAUAUCUGCGUUCCACGUUCUUGCUGGCCUGCCUCUUCUUCGUUUGUUGUCGGAUGCCGCUUUCCAUACCCUCUUUACAGUUCUACCUUCACCCAUUCUCGUCAUAUGUCCGAACCAUGAUAACUGUUUCGUUUCAAGUCUGUCUAAGGUCCUACCAAUACCGCACCUUUCACGUAUGUCUUCAUUUCUUAUAUGAUCACGUCUGGUCACCCCGAAUACCGCACGUAAAUAUCGCAUUUCGCAUGCUUGAAUUUUACUACGGAUGUUGUCAUUCAUUGUCCACGUUUCACUACCGUAGAGUAGCACCGGCUCGUAUUCUUGUUCUCAUGAUCAUCUUUCAGUGCGUCACAGUUUUUCGAUUUCUUUCUAACGCAUUAAAUUGUAUGUGACAGAAAAAAAGGCACGUCCGAGAUUACAGACAGUAAGUUAGUUAUUCUAGUUGUCGAUAGAUGGCGCCAUAAUAAAAAAAAUAUUUUUUUUUUAAAUUAGAUACUAAUAUUACAAAUAUAAUCUGUAUAAUUUAUAAGACUAUACAAAUCAAAGAAAAUACCAUUUUAUAAAUGCAACACAUUUGAUUUGUUUUUAUUCCAAAUUGAAAAUAAAAUGUGACAACUGUCAGAUUUAACUAAAUUGUCAUGUUAGAAUAAAUGUCAUAAAUGUGUAUUAUCACGGACUUACCCUUUUUCCUAUCAUUUGUUACGCACUGAAAAAUGCUAAUGAAAAGGACAAUAUACAGUUUGGAACACUUUCAUUUUUGUUUUCAGGCUUACUUUUUUGUUCCUAAUAAAACUUUUAUUUAGCGCAUAGUACAAUUUUGUUGCACUCAUUACCCUGCUGUUUAUUUCUGGUUCUAUAUUUCCUUGUCCAUUCAUUGUUGAUCCUAAAUACUUGAAGUCCUCUACUUGUGUAAUGGUCUCAUUAUUCAGCUUUACAUUUAUAUUUUCUUGUUUUCGAUAUUACUAAAGCUUCUGUUUUUUCAAUAUUUAUUUUCAUCCCAAAUUUCUUAAAGGCUUCAUUCCAAACAUUUACAUUCACUUGCAAGUCUUUUUCUGAUUUUGCCACAAUUACCAGGUCAUCGGCAUAUAUCAACUCUGACACGUGAACUUGUUGAAGUUUAUACACCCCUACCCUAGUUUUUUUACCUUACCCCUGCAUUCUUUUGCAAUUUCGUCCAUUAGAGUGAUGGAUAGAGUGAUAAAAAUCCCUUAUAAAAGGUAUAUAAUUAUUUAUUUGAAAUUUAUUUUAUUUUAUUGGAAAAUAAACUAUAAUUUCACUUAAAAAUUAAAUUUAAUUUCCCAGUCAAAUAGUAAAUUGCUUAACAUGCCGCAAAGAAACAGCUUCAGAACAACCUUAAGGUAUAUAAUUUUAUUAAAAUCCCUUCAAGGGUGACAUGAACUCACAGAACGUUUUCGACAUAAAAUAUCAUCAUCAGUGCUAGUAGGUACAGGUUAAUCACAUGCUAAUCCACCAAAAAUGUCUGGGUAUAAACCUUUUAAAUGGUGUGAAAAUGUGUUGUGGUCCUUGGGCACCGCAUGACUCCCCCACACCACGAGGGUUGCUGAUCAAACUGAUCUGUCCUUACAUUAGGAAUGUUGGAUGGCAACUCGAGUGGCAUGUGGGAGAGUCAUAAAGUGCCUAAUGGCCGUAUCUUUGACAAUUUUAUCCAUCGUUUGGAAUUUUAAAUAACAACGUAAAGUUAACACAUUUUCAUAAUACAUUUAAAGGGUUUAUACCCCGGUAUUUUUGGUGACUAGGGAUGUGACAAACCUCUACUAGCACUGAUGAUGAUAUUUUUAUACCAAAAUCGUCCUGUGGUUUGAUGUACCCCUUGAAGGGAUUUUAAUAAAAUUAUAUACCUUUUAUAAAGGAUUUUAAAUAAAUUUUUUUGUGAUUAUUGGUAUACAGCCAGCUACAGGAAAAUUAUUUUUUUGUGGAUUUUGAGAUAAUAAGUUGUUUUUUAUUUCUUUCCUUUUUAUGGAAAAUUUAACAAUCCUAUUUAUGUUUAAUUCACAGUUUUAGUAAACGUUUCCGAAAGUCAGUGUAUUUACAAAUACUAUUAAUUAAAGUGAAUGUGUUAUUGUAAAUAUAUGUAAUAGUGAAUUUAGAUUGUCAGCUUUAAUUUUUUAAUUAACGUAGAUAUUAGCUUACCAAUAUACAAAAUAAAGUUGAAUUAAAAGAU